AUGUGUGAUGUUUGUUCGGAGUUUUCGCAGCUUUUAGUAAAUUGUGAAACGAGACUAACCGACGAUGUGUCCCAGUAUCCAACUAUAAGUCAGUCAGAGCUCGAAACAGUGUUAAAUUAUAUUCUUUCAUGGCCUCAAAGGCAGUGUAUGUGCUGUUAUCGAGAUGUGAAAAAUUUUGAAAGGUUUUAUUUAGUUGUCCAAAGUAUACUUUGCCUAUCUGUAUGCCAGCUCAAGCAACUAAAAGAUGAUUUACUAGCAUCACCUAAAAGCCAAAAUGAUAAUGUCCAGACACAAGAAACACAAAAAGAGGCCAAGGAUGAAACCUCUACUAUAAAUGAAGAAGAGAAUAAAGAACAAGAGGACAAUGAAUUGUCUACAGAAAGUACAAAACCUACAGAACUAUCAGAAUCUUCUGAAGAAUCAUCUAGUAAAGAAAAUCCAAUAAUCCCUAGUACAGAUUCUGAAACUUGGUCUAUGCAACAAAAAGAAAAGCUAAUGCAUAUUGUAUCUAAAAUUUUCCUUCUCAAUUUUCCUUUAUAUUUAGCAUGUAAACAUUCAGCCCUUAGUCGACUAGAUGACUUGUCAGCCCAGGAGAUCUCAAACCUCAGCUCAUACUGUGAUUUGCAUGAUACUGAAAUACCAGCUUAUUUACUAAGAAAUGUUAGUUUGUUUUGUAAACUUGGAGGAGUAUGUGCUAUGACUUCAGUGUUUGAAUGUGCUACACCCACUAGUCUACCUCUAUCUAUGGCACAUGCCAUAGUUGCAGCAGUUGGUAAUUUGAAGCUUUGGUUGAACUUUAGAGCAGUUACACAGCUUUUCAUGCCUUUACGAAGUAAAAUAUUGAAAUACAUGUGUAGUUUAGAAGACAAAGACUUAAGAGUACCAGCUGUUAAAUCCAUGGCCGAUUUCAUGUGGGGAGCUGCUAAGGAACCUUUAGAUGCCCCAUUAGCAUUUGAUGGGGAUGGUCUUGCUUUGGCAUUCAAGUAUUUUAAUAGUAGUACUCUAACUAUGAGGUUAGCUGGUGUGGCCCAGAUUAAUGCUCAUAUAGCUGCUCAUAAUGAGCUAUGUGCUGGAGAACCAGCAGCUGAUGCGGAGGUAGCCGGACAACAGCUAGCAACAUGGUUAACAUAUAACAAUAUUAUUGAACAUCUAUUCGGACCAAAUUUACAUGUUGAGGUAAUAAAACAGUCACAUAUGAUACUCAAGUUUCUUGCUGUGGAAGGCCGAGUGACAUCUGAACAUGUGGAGCUAGUGUGGGCAGCUGCUCAGCUUAAACAUUGUGGGCGCCAAGUAUAUGAUCUCUUACCUGGCUUUAUUAGAGCACUGGCACCUAAACCUUGCUCUCAUUUGUACAGCUUAUUAUGUUCUUUACCGCCCAAGGAACAUACUGAACAGAGUCUGUACUUGGCAUCGGCUUUGAUGCGGGCGAUGUGGGCCCGAGGUGGCUGCGGAGGCGGGGCCACGUCCCCCGCGCCGGAGCCCCCGCGGCUCGCACCGCCAGCUUGCAAGCCACACCAUCGCUCAUCUUCCGAAGCAAGUGUUAGUAUGGAUCAGACUAACUCGGAUGAUGACCCCUGUGAGGAGCUAAGCACGUCUGGAGAAGAAGCUGGACCUACACCACGUAAGCAAAGCAAGCAUCAGCGUGAAUUAACGGCUGAACAGGAUUGGAUUCGUGAAGGAGAAGAACUUACAAAAAAAGAAUGUUCUUCCCUCAAAUCUUGCCAAAAACGCAACAAGCGCGCCGGCAGCAGCGGUAGCGCCAGCAGCGGUGCGGAGGAGCUGUUGCGUCCGCGCAAGAAGAAGCUGUACAAGAAGCGCCACAAGCCCGGCAAGACCAGGCAUUUCCUAGCGACACAACUGAAGACGGCGGACCUGGCGGAGUCCGUGUCGGAGGUGGAGGAGGAGUCGUCCGGCAGCGACACGGCGCACUGUCAGCUUCUAUGCGAUAAUGUGGAUGCUAGACGGUUGAUGGAACUUCGCCUGAUGGAGAGCUACAAACGACGCGAGGAGGAAGAAGGCAGUGCUUCAUCAGCGCUGUCCGCGCACUCGCACUCGCACCGCCACCUGCCCGACCUGGACGAGGACGACUCCGCCUGUGAGGAGGAAUUGGCGCGACUUGCUGCACAGGCGCAAUGCCUAACGGAGUACGGCGGCGUGGGCGUGGGCGCGGCGCUGGAGGCGCGCCCGCCGUCGCCGGCGCCCGCGCUGCCCUUCAACGUGGACGACGUGUGCCGCCCCGGCAACACGCUGCUGUGGGACCUGCUGCAGGACGGCGCCAUUGAGCAACUUGGUGAAGGUCUCGCGUUAGAAGCUGAAAAAGCUCUUUGUGCUUUAUUGUGUUUUAGCACUGACAAAUUCAUCAGAAUUAAAUUUAUUGAAGGAUGCCUUGAUAAUCUUGCUAAUCAUAGAUCGGUUGCUGUAUCCCUUCGUCUUCUUCCGAAGUUGUUCUCAUCGUUUCAACAACUACGUGGAAUGGAUAUGCACCAGGUGGUGAUGUGGGCGGAGCGCGAGCGCGGCAUGAUGCGGCUGUUCCUGGAGGACCUGCGGCACUACGUGUCGCAGCGCGCGGCCGCCGCCAGCGACGCGCAGCACUACGCGCACAUCACCGAGCUCACCGUGCGUCUGCACUUUCUCACAGCUAUAUUCUCGCCGGUCGGAUCGCCUCACCAUUUUAGGCUAACAGUGGAGCAGGUGGAGGAGCUGUGGCAGUGCCUGGUGGCGCGCGGGUCGAGCGAGUGCGCGGACUGCCUGUACUCGUGGCUGCUGUCGCACACCAAGUCGCCCGACCAGCACGCGCUCGGCCUCGACGCCCUGCGCUUCCUCUACGUGGAGAAGAUGCCCACGCUUGAUCCGGAGACAAUCAGUAUAAUGGGAUUGAGCCUUUACCAACAAUUGUGUAACCUAGCGCGUAUGGUUUUGGGUGCGGGAGAUUCUAGGGACGUGGCCCAUCCUCACACUCUCGCUAUGGAUCACUUAUGGAAAAUUGCUUUAAGAGCCAAUAGCACAGAUGUAUCUAUGGGUGCCAUCCAGUAUUUAAAUAGUUACUAUAUGGGUCAGCAGUUGCAACAAGAAGAUGACUUUGUAUCUAAGUGUAUGUUCCAUCUCUCAUCAGCUGCAGAAAGACUUAUAUCUAAAAACGAAGACGAUUCAGGCACAUCACUAACAUCAAGUGUGACGAUAGAAGAAACUAAAGAAACAGAGAAGACUACAGAUAAGCAAAACAUCUAUGAGCAUAUGACCGAAGAAGCGGCAUUGCAAUGCAUACAAAGGGCUCUUUUGUUAUUGAAAACCCAUUUGGACACCUUUAAAAGAAGAUACGCGUACCACUUGCGGCGCUGGGCGCUGGCGGAGUCGGGCGCGUGGGAGGGCGGCGCGAGCGGCGCGGGCAGCGUGCGCGUGACGCUUCAGCCGGCCGGCGCCGGCCCGCGCGCCGCGCUCGCGCUGCACCACUCCGACCUCGUGGCGCAUCUGCGCGCGCACGUACACGUCUGGUGGGAGCGGCAGAUUCAAGGUGAAGAAGGAGUUACAGCAUUAUCAACUGAUGGUCCUCUAAGAAUGAUAACUCAAGGUCAAGAGUUAACAAUCGAUUAUGACGAGAGAACGCUCUAUGACAUGGGUUUUAAAGAUAAUCAGCUAGUGUUCGUGUCGGUGGGCGUGGGCGGGCGCGGCGCGUGGGCGGAGUGGCCGUCCGCGCAGCCGGCGCCGGCGCGCGCACGCCUCCCCACGCACCUUCUUCUCGACCCCACGUACUUUCACCACCUCUUCACGCUGAUGCAGGCUCUGGGGCAGAUGAAGGAGCCUGGCACCGGGGAGCCAGUAGCCCACACGAAAGCCCAACUUCUAUCCCGACGAGUAUGGGACAUCCUUCAAGCUGUACCUCUAAAUCCAACUUUGCUAGAAGCAUUUCAAAAUCCUACCGAAAGCAAACUUCCUGAACUGUUGGAUCCGACUAGUCCUCAGAAACUUAUGUACUCUCUGCAUAUAAUAGAUAAAUUAAGUUCAAAUAACAACAGCUCCAAUGUGAAAGAAACUACGAAUUUAGAGAAGACUGAAGAGAAAGUGAAUGUGGAAAAUUGGAACGAAUUGUUCAUUAAGAAAGGUGGUUUACGAUUGCUCUAUGACAUAAUGAUGUCGGGUGUGUUACAAAGAAGCGAUGACAGCGAGUGGCGCCAGGACUGCCUCGCGUUAUUGCUGCAAUUGCUUUGUCGCAUUGGCACACUACCUACGUCGGAAGCUGGACAGACCCCUAAACUACAUCCUGCUUUAUUAUCUUUGAUGAAUGUGGAGGAAACUACUGAGAGGCUAAUAUCAAUACUAUGCGAGGCGGCUACCAUGAAGGAACCCACUACAUAUAAAACUGGAUUUUGGGGAAGAGCACAGGUGGUGCAGCACGCCAUGCGCAUGUGCGUGGUGUGGGCGCGCGGCGGCGGCGACGCCGUGUCGCUGGCGUGGUCGCUGCGCCGCGCCGCGCCGCGCCUGCUCCUCGACGACGCGGACCCGGCGGUCCGCCGCGAGGCAGGCAGUGCGCUGUACCGGCUGUGCGCGGGCGGCGAACCGGGCGUGCUGGCGCCGCUGCUGCAGCUGUUGCUGCAACACCUGCCGCGCGCCGCGGACAUGCGCCCGCACAACCACCACCACCACCAUGAGGUUGUUCAUCACCAUGCCGAAGAAGGGAAAGAACCUUAUGGACCUGCUUGUAGAGAUUAUUUUUGGCUUGUAUGCAGGUUAAUAGAUGGGUUACCCGAGGACUUCUUCAAAGAAGGUGCAGUGUCAGAAGAUAGCGGUGCUCCAGACCUUAAUGAACUGUGUGAGCAAAUCAGGUGUUCGUUGGAUAAGCGCGAGAUCAUCGAGAAGCGCUCAGAGCCCUGCACGCCCGACGAUGGCCUGUACGGGCAGCUCAGUCUACUUACACAUUUGUUGAAACAUCCCUUGAGAUUUAAGAACUCUGAAAUGGGCACUAGGACAUUGGAAAUGGUAUUCGGUUUUCUGUUCGACGUACCGAACCCGUCACAACGUAACUUGCCGAAGUGCAAAUCGCAGAAGUCCCGCGCCGCCGCGUACGACUUACUGGUGGAGUUGGUGCGCGGCGCGCCCGACAACUACAUGGUGUUGCAUCAUAAACUCAUGGAACACCAUAAACCUGGUCCGUCGGUGUCGUACCCGUGGGACUACUGGCCGGCGGAGGAGUCGCGGUCGGAGUGCGGGUACGCGGGGCUCACCAACCUGGGCGCCACGUGCUACAUGGCGUCGUGCAUGCAGCACCUGUACAUGAUGCCGGCCGCGCGCGCCGCCGUGCUGCGCGCCGACCCCGCCGCCAGCCGCCACGCGCCCACGCUGCACGAGAUGCAGCGCAUGUUCGCUUACCUUAUGGAAAGUGAACGUAAAGCAUACAAUCCACGAAGCUUUUGUAAAGUAUAUCAAAUGGACCAUCAGCCGUUGAAUACGGGCGAGCAGAAGGACAUGGCUGAGUUCUUCAUAGAUCUCGUUUCUAAGCUCGAGGAGAUGACCCCUGAAUUAAAAAAGCUAGUAAAAACGCUAUUCUGUGGUGUUCUUAGUAACAACGUUGUAUCUUUGGACUGCCCGCACGUGUCGCGCACGCUGGAGGAGUUCUACACGGUGCGCUGCCAGGUGGCGGACAUGCGCAACCUGCACCAGAGCCUGGACGAGGUCACCGUCAAGGACACGCUGGAGGGCGACAACUGCUACACCUGCUCGCAGUGCGCCAGCAAAGUGCGCGCAGAGAAACGGGCCUGUUUUAAGAAACUACCUCGCAUCUUAUGUUUUAACACAAUGCGGUACACUUUCAACAUGUUAACAAUGCUCAAGGAGAAGGUCAAUACUCAUUUCUCCUUCCCCAUGCGUCUCGACAUGUCCGGAUAUGUUGAAAAGCAUUUAAUGCCAGCACAAUAUCAAGAAGAAAAGAAAAAGUCGGCAGAUUCAAAAAAAGAAGGUGAUAGUAGUUCGCAGAAUGAUGGUGAAGAUUCUGACACAGAGGAGCAUUAUGAAUACGAGCUGAUCGGCGUGACGGUGCACACGGGCACGGCGGACGGCGGCCACUACUACUCGUUCAUCCGCGACCGCGACCACGAGCUGCACGACCGCUGGCUGCUCUUCAACGACGCGGAGGUCAAGACCUUCGACCCCGCGCACCUCGCCGCAGAGUGCUUCGGCGGCGAGAUGACCAGCAAAACUUAUGACUCGGUGACAGACAAGUUCAUGGACUUCUCAUUUGAAAAGACCAACAGUGCAUACAUGUUGUUCUAUGAACUCAGCCCGCCUCCCAAUCAGCGUGGCUCUGAUAACGGCCAGCAAGAAGAAGCAAAGUCGUCCCGAGCUGAAGAGAAUCCUAGUGCAGUUGUGGAGCGUCGCGGCGAGACUCCGCCCAUAGUAGAACUGCCACCGCAGCUAUUACGAUGGAUCUGGGAUGAUAAUAUGCAGUUCCUUCAUGACAAGAAUAUAUUCCAACAUGCGUAUUUCACGUUUAUGGGACAGAUGUGCAGCUCUGUCCCGCAGUCUCUACUCACGCUGCGGCCAGAGAUUACUGAGGUUGCUGCGAGACUAUCCACGUCAUUUUUCAUAGAAACCUUCAUACAUGCUAAGGAGAAGCCUACAAUGGUUUCGUGGGUGGAGUUAGUGACGAAGCAAUUCAACGCGUCCGCCGCGGCAUCCGAAUGGUUUCUUGGUCACAUGGCCGAUGACACGUGGUGGCCCAUGCAGGUGCUAAUAAAAUGUCCAAAUCAAAUGGUCCGCCAAAUGUUCCAGAGGCUAUGCAUGCAUGUUAUACAGAGGUUGAGAUCUAGUCAUUGUGCCUUAUACCUGCAAGGUGUGGAAGAAGAUGAGGAUAAUAGUAAAUUAGGCGAGGCAAGCUGUGUUACUAGGUUUAUAAGGAUGUUGUUGUCUUUGAUGGAGAGUGGAGCCCGUUCACAUCUUCGUCAUUUGACGGAAUACUUCAGCUUGUUAUAUGAGUUCAGCAAGAUGGGUGAGGAGGAGGGCAAGUUCAUGUUGCGUGUCAACGCGAUCUCCUCUAUGGUCAACUUCUAUCUCGGACAGAACUCUAAUACGGUGGAGUCCCCCAGCGAGGAGGCGAGUGGCAGCGGUAGCGGCAGCGGCGCCACGGACAGCUGCGACAAGCUGCGGCCCGGCGCGCUCGACAAGAUGGUGGCGCUCGUCAGCGGGCUCGUGGAGCGCUCGCGCGACGCCGCCGGACACCUCGCGCUCGCCGAGCCUGACGCGCGCGCGCUGCUGCAUGCCAAGGGGUUUCCAUUUAUUUAUCAGCAAACAAGAGACUGUUUGAACCUUCAACAGACGAGAUCUCUAAUAUUUGCACUGUGUCGUUGGAACGAACCUCUAGCACAGAAAAUCGUGAACAUGAUCUUCCAAGCGAUAGCGAAACAUGCUGAUAGUUGCGGACCAUUUUUUAAGCUGCUAACGCUGCUAGUGGAGGGCAGUGGCGGCGGCGCGGGCGCGGCGGGCGGGUUGCCGUGCUUCACGGCGCUAGUGCUGGCGCGGCUGUGGGACGCGGGCGAGGCGUGCCCGCACGCGGCGCUGGAGUGGCUCGCCAUGCAGGUGCCUCGCAACAAGGCGGCGCACGCGUGGGCGCUGCGCACGGCCGAGCGCUGGCUGGAGGCGCAGCUGCUGGCGGCAGGCGCGGCGCGCGUGCGCGCGGCCGCCGCGCUGCUGCUGGUGGCGCUGGUGCCCUCGCAACACUUCCGCGCAGGGUACGCGCGCGCGCGUCCGCCGCCCGCGCCCGCGCUGCACCUCGCCAAGCUGCCCGACACCGCACACCACACGCUGCACCAGGUAUACACGAUGCUAUUAGGCAAAUUAAAAGCAGCGCGAAAAUACACAGACAUUGCAGUACAUGGAACGAUGAAGCUCACAGCUUAUUUUGGGGUUAUGUCGUAUUGUGUCGUCAGCAGAGUGGAAAAAUUGAUGUUCGGACAGUACUUCAACGACCUAUGGGAGUUAUACCAUCCAGCGAUAUCGGAGCCGUCGGUGGCGGUGCACCCCAACAAGCAGGCGCUGCUCACGUUCUGGCACGCCGUGUCCGUGGACUGCCCCGAGAACGUGCAGCUUAUGCUCGCCAACCAGCGCCUCACCAAGCACAUCGCUUUUAACUACAUAUUGUAUGUCUUCCUCCAUUAC